GCCGCAGGUGCAUGUGAGCGUGAGCGUGCGCGUGGACGCGGAGGGGGCGGGAGGGCGCCGUGUUGACGGACUGGAGAGGCAAUAUGUCCACCGCAGCCGCCGCGCAGCUGAACAACAAUGAAGAACCGGGACUCAACGGGUCCUGGGUGGAGCUGGAGAUGAACGGAAACACUCAGCAGCAGAACCCCAGCUUGCCCUCGCUGCUGGGGAACGGGAACCAAGGCGAGUCCCAGGCUUCACAGGCCCUGGAGGCCGUGCAGGAGGAAGAGGAGGUCCUGACAGGAGGACUGGAGCAUGUGCCUUCCUCCUCCUCUAUCCAUAACGGAGACAUGGAGAAAAUCCUGCUGGAUGCUCAGCACGAGUCAAGCCCUAGCAGCUCGUCCUGCAACAGCCCACCUCGACCACACAGUCCUGACCAGGAUGAGGGGCAGAUCACGUUUGAUGUGGAGAUGCCCAGCGACAGAGACUGUCAGUCAGAAGAUGACAGUUUGGAGAAGGACAAAGAAGAUGAUAUCCUCAUGGAUAAAGGGGAGAGUUGGGUGGCGGACUGGUCCAGUCGACCCGAGAACAUUCCCCCGAAGGAAUUCCACUUCCGCCACCCAAAGCGUUCUGGAUCGGUGUCUCUGAGCAUGAGAAAGACAGGUGCUAUGAAGAAAGGUGGCGUGUUCUCCGCCGAGUUCCUCAAGGUGUUCAUGCCCUCGCUGCUGCUCACCCACAUCCUGGCUCUGGGACUGGGGGUCUACAUUGGGAAGAGGUUGACUACACCCUCCACCAGCUCAUUUUAAACCUGGACAGACCCCAGUGCCUGGACGCCCCAUCAUGAGCAGCGGUGGCACAGCAGUGGCCAAUCGUGUGAUGAUUCCUCUCUCUCUCUCUCUUUCUCUCAUUCUCUCCACCUCUCUUACUUUCUCUUUAUCGUUCCUUUAACCCACUGCCCUGGUUUCCCAUCACACCCUCUGCUGGGAGACAUUCUGCUUGUUGACCUUUGGCUGUGUCACAUUUUCUUGCCCUCUAACGCUGUGGCUUACUGACAUGUUUUAGAUGUUUUUAUUUGGACAUGUAGUGAAUUAUUCACUGACGUUUAUUUUUCAUGACAUGCUACUACACAAGUUAGAGCCCCACUACAACCACGGCCAUAAUGCGCUUUUAUUUCUGCAUGACGCACUUCAUAUGUAACUAAUAUAAAGUCUGGAUGUGGCCCGAGAUAGGAGAUUUAGGAGGGUUGCUAUAGGAGGGUUGUGAUAUUUUAUUCUAGAGAGAUGAUUUUUCUCAUUAUGUUGCGCAAUUUAAUCUUGUGUCACAGCAUCAAAAAUGCAUGUUAGUCAUUUACUUUCAUAGGAGAGCGAUGACUGUUUAAUGACAGACCAAGUCAUUCUUUACGUAUGUCAGUGCACUCGCUGCAUUCUUUGGACUGUUACGACAAUUAUUUAGAGACUUAUUUUGCAUAGAAUGUAAAUCUUAGAGGUCCCACUCAGUUCUGUUUUAGGCCCUUUUCUGUUUGCUCCUCACUUCUGUAAAGAUCCAAUAUGACAGGCUAGAACUGAAGCAUCACUUUAUAGCAGCUUCAUAGUAUAAAAAUAUACAAGUAAAUCACAAAUUUACAUGAACAAUACAUGUUUUUCUAAUCGAAAGACUAAGACUUAAGCUAAAGAGAUCAGCAUGGACGUACAUCUGUUUAAGAGCCAAACUGGUCGAGUUAGUUGUUUUUUGUGUUACUAAGGAAGCCACACACACAAACACACACACUCUGGUUUGCCUCGAUGCAUAUCCUGCUCGCUGCAGUUUCUGCCUGUGUAUCUUAGUGCCAAAGGGUUUCCACCGCCAAGCCAACAUGAGUCGUUUGCACCUCUCGUAGACUCAGUCUGGUUUGAGUGGGUUAUUGAUCCUGUCAGUCACUCCGUUUUGACAACAACUUACAAAGGCCUUUGGUUUUACUGUGAACACCCUGUGGUUAUUAGGCAUAGUGUCGCUAUAGUAGUGUGUUAUACACUUGUACGUGCUUUUGUCAAAGCAACAGAUCCACACUCAGUGUACAUAUUUAUAUGCAAUAUGGUGUAGAUUUACAGAUAAAAAUACCCUUUUAGAAGACUUGAACAGGUUUACACUCGCUGAUUUACAGAUGAAAUUUGUCACGAACAUGUCCGGGUCAUAUUUCAUCCCAUUUGAUUGAUUUUAUUUUCAUUUAGAAAGAAUUAAGCCAGCUUUUAAAAGCAUUAAAAGCAUUAUUUUUAAAUAACCAGGGUAAAAGAUAACCAGGACAUUUUCUUGACAAGUUUUAUAACUCACCCUCACAGUAUCUAGUAACGCUUUUACUAAGCAAAGUGUUUCGUACAAAAAACAGUACAGUUAAAUAGUACAGCAAGAGUUUUGCAACCCAAAUCAGUUAACAGAUCACCCUUUGCAUUAAGGCCUUCUGUGUCAUUGUGCCACACUUUACUUCUUGACUCUGUUUUCACGCUUUCUUUCUUUCUCAGAGGGGGAGUGGAAAUACAAGAGGCCAAUUUAAUGUCACUUCAACCGUGCCUCGACUUUUGUUUGCACCUUUUCUGAGCCCCAUUGCAUGCAUGUGUUCAGAGAUUUCACAUUAGGACGUGACCGAGGUGAAGUUUUCCCCUGCGUGGGGUGAAAUGAGUACUGUGAAUGGAAGAUAUGAAAAACUAGCCCUUUCGGGUAGGAUGACCAUACGAGAUGUUUUACGCACACAAUGUUUUGUUUCUCUGUUAUAUCUCUCUUUUGUUUUUUUAGUUUUUGCUUUAAUCAUGAGUGUGGCUACUGGAGGGCGGGGCCCUUGUGAUUGACAGCUCCACCAUGCGUUUCGUUUGCAUUCCCAUAGCGAGUGGAGUGAUGAAGCAAUGGACAUGUAGUUUCUUGUAUUUCGCUGGUAUUGGAGGAAAAGUGAACUGAUAUUAAAAUAUAACCUGACAUUCA